AUGAGAAAUCCUCCCAAAGUUAAUUUAGCUGAAGUAGAUGAAAUAAUUGCAGCUGUUAUUUUUCAAGAAAAUAUGGUGACACAUAUAAAAGAAGGAGAUGACAGUGAAGCGGUCUAUCUUGGAGACUCAAAAACUGCUAAAGCCUUGGAUAAAACUAAAUCUGCUAGUGGUUAUGUGUUCACCUUAGGUGGUGGUGCAAUAUCGUGGAAAUCAGCUAAGCAAACGAUCAUUGUCAGAUCAACUAUGGAGUCAGAGUUUGUAGCUCUGAAGCUAGCUGGAACAGAGGCUGAGUGGCUAAGAAAUUUCUUAGCAAAUAUUCCUUUUACAAAGGAUGAUCUGAUGCCUCUUGUAUCUAUACACUGUGAUUGUCAAGCCGAAUUGCUAUUGUGA